GUCCGCGGGGAGUCCCCGCGGGUGGAGGCGGAGGAACCGGCAGCGGGAUUCGCGGGGUUGGCUGAAUAAAAGAGGAAGAUGCAGAGGAAAAGGCCGGCGUUCCUCACCGACAUGGGACUGCUAAUGUUCUUAGCGGUAACAGCCUCCCUGCUGGGUUACUGCCAAACGGACGAAAAAGUGUCGUUUUACGGGGCGAGCUACAUCCAUCUUCCGGUUCAAGAGGCCAAGGGUGCCACUGACAUCAGUUUCCGGUUCCGAACUCAUCUCGCCGAUGCUAUGCUGCUAUUGGCUGCUGGCAAGACGGAUUACUGCCUGAUCAAACUCGAAGCCGGCAGAUUGAAGGUCCACAUUAAUCUGGGCGCGGGCGAGAAUGAGAUGGCGAGCGCCCGCGGGUUGACGCUCAACGACCUCAGUUGGCACGAGGUCAACUUGACAAGACGCGAGGCCAACAUCAGCCUGCAGAUCGACGUGAUACACACGACGAGGUCUCAACUACCGGGUCGGUUUUUCGAGCUCAACAUACACUACGGCGUCUUCAUUGGCGGACAGGGUGACUUCAACGAGCUAUUCCUAGGUCAUACGGACUAUCUGCGGGGGUGCAUGGCUGACAUAAUUUACAACGGCGCCAAAGUUAUAGAGUACGCCAGGGCGAGGAAGGGACAGUCGGAGGCAACAGCCGUAACGUGGGGCUGCUCGCCGGAAUUCGACGCCACGAGGAGCACGGAAGUCAGCUUUGUCGAGGACGGCGCCUUCGUCGCCAUUCCGCGCCCCAUUCCGCGCUCCGGCUCGAGAUGGGAAUUCGAGCUGAAGACCGGCGCCGACAGCGGCUUGUUGCUGUAUAACACGGGGCAAUCGUCCUACGCCGAUUACCUCGGCAUCGAGCUGUUCGAGGGCAAGAUUCGACUGUUGAUGAACAAAGGGAACGGCCCGACCGAGUUGACGCACGGCACCCCGGUGGCUGAUGGUAAAUGGCACAGCGUAAUUGUGGACUUCAACCCGAGCGGCCUCGGCAUCGCCGUGGAUCGUCAGGAGAAAACAAUGGCUCUGCCGUCCGGCGGCAAUCGGUUUCUCGAUCUCGCCGAUACGCUGUACAUUGGCGGCACGGAGUUGAAUAAACGCGCUCGGGCCCUGAGCAAGGGCCUCCGGUCCGGCGACGUGAGCUACAAGGGCUGCAUACGCAACAUGAUCCUCGACGGCAAGGGCCUCGGUUUACCGGACGUCAAGGUCAGCCAGGGUAUCGUCGUAGGCUGCGUCUGGGGAUAUCCGUGUAUCGAGGCCGAGCCCUGCGUAUCUAGCGCGACGUGUAUGCAGCUGGGCGUCAACUCGUUCAGGUGUAACUGCGACCAGUCACUGUGCAUCAAGCCGAAUUACGCCGAGGACUACAGGAUCUACUCGAACAACACUCUGCCAGUGAAUCUGGAAAUUCUCUCCCUGAGCCCUCUAUUAGUUUCCGAAGGGGAGCACGUGUUGGUAACGAGCGAAAACAUCGCGAUGGUGCUGGACAUUGCCAAAUACGGCGUGGAAGAAGCCGGCGUCACAUUUACCCUGGUGACGCCGCCGAUUUAUGGAACGUUAGCGUUAGACCUGCUGACAUCUCGGAACGAUCACUCCUUCACGUUGCAGGACGUCAGUCAGGAUAAGGUAACCAGUCCGCCCUGCGAUUGCGCGCGCGACGAUAAAACUCGAAAUCGCCGGGGAGUUCGCGGGAGCGCGCGUAAGAGGCCAAACUCGGCCGGCGUGCACCUGACGUUAAUUAAUAUCAGUAUGCAUGGGGGAGCAUUAUGUUUUCAUCGGAAAGCUUUUAUGAACGAAACGCAAUUUAAUUUUUCAGCCAAACCGAAUGCGAUGCUGGGUUUGCAAGUGAGCGACGGCAUCGAGAGCAGCCAGCCGGCGUAUCUGCGCGUAUCGGCUUACCCGUUGCAGAUCAAGCUGACGCACAAUACCGGCCUCAUUGUGGUGCACCGUUCGUAUUCUUAUCUGACACCGGCGAAUCUCUCGUUCGCCACGAACUCGGACGACAACACGAUCGACAUUCGUUACGACGUCGUCUCGCCGCCGCAGUUCGGUGUUUUGCAGAAAUUGAAAGACAUUUCCGGCAGCUGGGCGAACGUAGGCCACUUCACCAGCCGGGACGUGGAAUUGCACGCCGUCCGUUACCUCCAUAACGUCGGCAGUCCUAAUCAGGACGAGUUUAAAUUCCAAGCGAGCGUGCGCGAAGUGAAGACGCAGCAGACCUACGACUUCCGUAUUACGUUCAUCGACCUCGAGCUGAGGGAGGCCAGAAGGGUGCCUAUUAAUCUCACCAAUGCGUCGAACGUGACUAUCGCGAGCAACCACUUGAGGUACCAGACGAAUCCGCUAGUUACGUCGCCGAGCAAGAUCGUGUUCACUCUUACAACGGGACCAAGAUACGGCAGCCUAUUUCUGUUCGAUCGCAAACUCGCGGCGGCCGACACCUUCACGCAGGAAGACAUCGAGGCCGACAGGCUGAGCUACCGUCUGUUCGGCAGAUCCUAUUCCAACAUUCUCGACGAAAUAACGUUUAAAGUUAACGCGCCUCAAUGCGUCGACAUACACGCCAACUUGAAAGUUCGAUAUUAUCUCGGCAAGAACAGCAAAUCGCUGGAGGGCAUGGAGAAUUUGAAAGUUGACGAGGGCUCUAAAGUAUCUCUGAGAAUCACGCAUGUGAAUCCGAGGGAAUACGGUGUAUCCUCUCUGAUGUACAACCUUACGGCGAAGCCGCGUCACGGCUGGCUCUCGAUCGCGAACGGUUCGAUGUCGCAGGAUCGAAAAAAUGUCUCGUCCUUCACGUUCGACGACAUAUCGACGCAGGCGGUAUAUUAUGUGCACGACAAUUCCGAGACAAAGGAGGACUCCUUCGAGUUUGUGGCGAUAUCCGUCGACUCGACGGAUUUUAUGUACGUCGGCAAAUUUCGAAUCGAGAUCAUCAUGAAGAACGACAAUCCGCCAGAGCGGACGGUCGAUAGGAUUUUUCACGUCGUGCUGAGGGGCGAAAAAGUGAUAACAAAUAGAGAUCUCGCGUACACGGACAAGGACAUCGGUACCGCGGCGAGCGAGCUCGUUUACACGAGGAGGGACGGCCGGAAAAGUGAGUUAUACAAGGUGACCAAUCCCUCGGUACAGAUACGCGAGUUUUCGCAGCAAGACAUCGACGACGGUACAAUACUUGUCCGCCAUCAGGGAGAUGAGCGCGAGAAAAUUGAAUUCGGCAUCACCGACGGUCACUUUUACAGGACCGGCGUUUUCGAGAUUCAGGCCAGCCCGCCGUACAUCAGGUUACGCGAGAGCGACGGCUCGGUCGUCCAGUUCAACAAAUCCGUGGUGCUGCAGUCGAAAGAAUUGGAGAUAGAAACGAACGUGUACACCACGGAGAAGGACGUAAAGUACAGCGUAUGGGAGAAACCGAAGAAUGGUAUACUGAUGAAGCACGGUAGAGAGUUAAACAGUUUUACGGAGGACGAUCUGAAGCACGGCGGUGUGUUGUACAAGCAUCUGGGUGGAUCUUUAACGAGAGACACUUUCAGAUUCAAGGUGUUCGUUAAGGGCGCGGACGCCGACGGCGUGUUCACAAUCAGGGUCUACCCGGAGAGCUACUGGGAAGCGUUGAUUAUUCAAAGCAACAAGACGAUAUUCGUCGAGGAGGCCACCAGCGUUCUGCUGAAUCGGAAGAGCCUCGAGAUAAUGCAUCCUAAAAUAUCGCCCACCGAAAUCGUCUAUUACGUGCGAGAGUGGCCGCAGAACGGCUACCUGGAUCUACAGAUCCACGACGAGCACAGCGAGGAGAUGAGGGAGGAGUACAGCGGCAACGCGGUGAAGCAAUUCGAGCAGAGUCUGAUAAACGACAACCGCGUUUUCUACGUUCAAUCGGUGAUGAAUCAAACGAACGACCGUUUCGUCGUCGACGUUACCAACGGUAUUACGUGGUUACGCGGCCUAAGUGUGAAUUUCGCGAUAGUGCCGGAGAAACUCUACGUCGAGGCGAGGAGCUUCAACGUGGUGGAGGGGAAGGGCGCGAUACUGAGCGAAACAAACUUCUUGGUCGUGACGCCGUAUUACGUCGGCAAGGUAUCAGAUUAUAGAGUACUAGAGAAGCCAAGGCACGGCACGAUUCUCGAUUCCACCAAGAACACACAGGUGAAGAAGUUUUCACAAAAGCACCUGAGCGCCGGAGUCAUAGUGUACAAACACAACGGGGACGAGUUUUUGAACGAUUCCUUCAGGAUGGUGGUUACCGCUGGCGAUAAGAUGAGCGAGCCCUUUGACGUAUCAGUUGUCGUUCAGCCGGUUAACGACGAGAUUCCCGUGUUAGUCAAUAGAACUAAGCUAAACGUUUGGCAAGGCGGAUCCGUCACCUUGACGUCGGCAAACUUAGCGGCUAUAGAUAAUGACACUGCCCCGUUCGAUAUAACGUUCAACGUUACUGGAGUGAGAAAUGGAUACAUCUCAUUAAUCACUUCGCCCGACGUGGACAUUUAUAAUUUUACGCAGAGGCAAGUCAAUGAACUGCAAGUGGUGUUCACGCAUACGAACGGAUCGGACGGCGAGUUGAAUUUUGUUUUAAGCGACGGCGUACACACGAGCAAGUCUUACACGAUUUUGGUCGCCACAAAGCCAAUUCGUCUGAAUAUCGAACACAAUAUGCCCCUUAAUGUCUUCCCCCUUACUAGGAAAUUAAUAUCAGACAAGCUCUUAUUAACGACGUGUUCUGACGAAGCGAGGGAGAUUAGAUACACUGUGCGAAAUGGGCCCCAUUUAGGCAAAGUUAUAAUGGAGACAAGUGAAGGGGUAUGGCUUGAGGUCGAGCGAUUUACUCAGAGAGAUAUAAACAAUAGCAAAGUGAUUUACGAGCACACCAAGCAGUUCAUGGACCUCACGGCCAACGACUCUUUCACAUUCGACAUCGAGGCGCACUUCGCUGGAACUUUAACAAAUCAGGUUUUCCAAAUAGAUAUAUCAGUCUCGAGCGGGGGCUUAGACAGGUAUAUUUCUACGAAAAACGUGAGAGUCAUGGAAGGCGGCUCCGCGGAGGUGAUCAUGAAUAUAAGCGGCAUCGUGUCAUUUCUACAAAUUAACGCCGGGAUCCCGAGCCCGGCGGUGCUAUCGCGAUUGGUUCACCAACCCAGUCACGGACACGUGAUGCUUCUACCGGACUUAAACGUGACUACUUUCACACAGCCGCAGAUCGAGGGUGGAAAAAUCGCCUACUAUCACGAUCACUCCGACACGUUGGAAGACCGCGUUCAAUUUUCCUUGUACUUGACACCCGGCCACGUGUUACUCUGCAACACCAGCAUUCCCGUCGUCGUCGUGCCGAUCAACGACCAGCCCUUCAAACUCGUCACCAACAACCCGUUCAUCACGGUCGUGCAAAAUCAAAAUCAAACCAUCACUCGGGAGAACCUGCUGACCACCGAUCCCGACACGCCGCCGGAAGAAAUUCAGUACGACGUGAUUUCGGGGCCGACAUUCGGCAGACUGCUGCUCCUGCCGUUGGAUCAAAACAUUUCGGAAGUGCGCCCCGUGGAAAAAUUCACCCAGUCCGACGUGGAUUCUAAUCGAGUGGUGUACGAGCACAACGGGACGCUGCAGACCGCUUCCUUCUACUUCAGGGUCUCGGAUGGUGCCUACAAUCCGAUGUAUACCGUCUUCAACGUCCACGUUUUGGCUAUACGGCUGAAUGUGACGGUACCCGGACCGGUGACCUUGCAGCAAGGCUCGAAUGUGGCGCUUAUCUCGGAGAACGACGUUAAGCUCGACACAAACGCGCGACAAGACCUGGUGAUCUACGAGAUUACGACGCAUCCGCGAUACGGAAUACUGUACGUGCGGGACGGCGCCGCGGCGACGUUCAGGCAGACCGAUCUGUUGUCGAAGAGCGUGAUGUUCAUGCAGACCGACAUGACGGUGUCGAACGACAGUCUGGAACUGUCGGCGCGAUUGAGCGGCUUCGAGCAGAAGCACAUACGCGUAGAGAUCAAGGUCGUGCCUCUCAUGAUCAUGGGCUCGAUGACGGCGUUGGCGGGCGAGAAGAAUCGGAUAAUUUUGCAAUACUUGGACGCGACGCCCCUGGCAAAGUUAACGACCAGCAAUCCCCUUUACACCAUCGUGAGGAAGCCCAAGUACGCCAAGAUCAAGAGGAUUAUCAGAAGCUCCUCGUCGUCCGGCGAGAAGAGAGGCGCGCGCGAGCGAGAGGUGGCACGUUUCUCACACCAGGAGAUCAUCUCCGGGGUGAUAUAUCUGGUGUGCAGGAAAAUACCGUCGAUAGACGGUGUCGCGGACAGCUUCAGCUUCAUUCUCGCGGCGUCGAUUUUCCAGCCGGCCGUGGGCGACUUCGAGUUCCACAUCAAGCUCGACAUAGACGAUGACAAUAUCACUCUGGGCGGUCCGAUGGAUCCGGUCGGCCACGAGGGCGAGAUGGCGAUCGCGCCGAACAUGAGCAACGAUUACUUGCUGAUCCUCGGCAUGCUGCUCGGGGUCUUCCUCCUCGGCGUGGUCGUGAUUAUCACAAUCAGGUGUCGGCACAACAAGUACAAGCACGCCGAGGAAGAGAAACCGGAGCCCACGCCCGCCGUCGGGGUGAUGCCGCUUCCCAGACCUCCGGAUCACUUGAUGCCCGCCACCCCGCAUCUCAAGCCCUUCGGUAACGAUCACAACAGCGUUACGGCCAGCACGCCCCUGCCGAUGUUGCCGUCGACGUUGCCCCAGUGUAAAGUGAUACCCUUAAGCCCCCUGGAAAGCGGCUCCGAGGUCGACGUAUCCGCGAGAUAUCCCUACGGCGUGGCGGACGGCGAUGAAUGGAAUAGCUUCGACACUUCCGAUCUACCUUGCCAGUCGGCCACGACUCAAAGGACCAAGAAGAACCCGUUGCUGAGGAGGGAUCAAUACUGGGUCUAGCAGGAGAGGAACACGCUGCGGUUUACGCGAAGAAAGCCGUAGCGUAUCUCGACGUGUUUCAUGCGAACGUUGAAACUAUCGUGGAUAUCAUGGACCUGAUGUGCCUAAGGAAAGUGAAAUCUACGAGUUUGCGGAAAUUGUUCGUCAAAGAUGAUCGCGCCGGACGAUGUAUCGAACGAUGCAAUAACGUUUGACGUGUUUUGGUGGAAAACUCAGUGAUCAUCGGCAUCUCAUCUCGAUGCAUCUCGAUUCUAAUUCAAGAGAAAAGCGAAAGGGACUCCUAGACUGCAGAAGAGAGACCUUUGGAUCGAAAAGGAUCAAUGAUCGUUAAUUCGCGAUCCGGGAUAGUUCGCAGUGUCUCGUGUACUAUUAGCCUAAAACGAUAUAAACGGGAAACCUAGAUCUUCUUGAAUGUCACGACUAUCGCCGCUAUCACGAGCUCAAUGUGCCUAAGAAAUGUCUGACUCUGCUGACAUUCUUUCCAUUAAUCGCAACACGACGACUUUUCGUAUGUUCACACGUUCCUUCCUUCCGGCGGAUUGAAAUAAAUUCGGUCGUUGAAAAGGCAGACCCGACUGUUCGCUAAAGCGAGACUUUUUACACGACAAAUUCGAUUCUGGUCUAACAAUAAGCGUAAAGUCCGUCGGUUCACUGGCUCGUUCUAGAGUGCAGAUUUUUCGAAAAAUUUUAUGUUCCUUUACCUCCUUCCAUUUUUACACCUUUUUUAAAUCUAGGAUAGUAAGAUCGUUAUAUAAAAGUGGCAUUUAUCGAUCCCUACUGUCGUAAGUUCCAGAUAAGAAUCGCAGCAUUAAGAUUAAAAAUAAAAAUGAUGGAACUUUCGCUCUUAAGCUAUAAAACAAAGGAAGCGUCGAGUAAGCGGGAUAAUACAGGAACUGUGUAACAUUGUACAAUGCAAAUAUACACAAUGUAAUCGAGAAUAUGUAUGUUCCUGUUACUUGUUACUCGCCACCGAGAGAACGCAAAUGCAUUCAUAUUUCUCUGUACUCAAAUUUCGACAUAUCUUUUUAUACCGCCGUAUUGUCAAACUUGCUUUAUUUUCCUCCGAUAUAGAUCUCGCGUACAAUCGGUACAAUCAUUUCGUUCGACUAUUGUUCCCGCGACUGUUCCCAUGUCACUCGUAUCGUGCGUCGGACAAACGAUAAAGUGACAAUUAACAUUUGCCCGAAACACGAAAAGAUCGAGCCGCUCUUUUUUUUACGGCAAUACGAUAACACGUAAUUUUACGUAAUGACAGGCAUUGAAUUACGGCUCUUGUUAAAAACGUGUCGUAACAGCAGACGAACAACUUUUUUUCUCCGAUUAAUUGUAUCGGCAAUAGUAAAAACGAUUAAUCAGUGGCGUCAUUUCUACGAAUAAUCCUUUUCUUACAUAUUUCUCACGGUGAAUCGUCACAAUUAUCUCGGAAUUACGUAGAAUAUCGUCUACGGGACGCACAAUUCUCAUCCGUUUCUACGCAAGCUUCAACGAGCGAUUAGACACUAGGCGACGCCAAAUAAAACGAUUAUUUGACGUAUUUUAAACGCGAACUAGCAGUAACAGUCGAAGUCUAUAAGCUGUUUUUUACACGAGUGAGAAUAGAAUCUUUUCUACUACGAAUCGUUGACGCGCAGCGAGUUCGUAAUUCAUAAGCGAUGAACGGGGUUGUGCGUGCGCGAUUUCAGUAUUAUCUGAGAAAAAUUUAUUAAAUAGAGGCGUGUUAACGAAUUCGUUGAUUCUUAAGAAAAAUUUUACCUUACGUUAUCCUUGAAUUCAUGGUAAUCCCAAUGAAUCCACUUUCGGUCCACGUCGUAUAAAUACGGUCCGUGUUAAAUUUUCACCAAUUCACACAACGAUAAUUGUACAAUUAAAUCACAUUGACACCAUACGGUAGGCAAGUUAUUAAGUGAAAGUUGUACGUUAACGAUGAGACUAUGAUGUCAAUUCCAUUCGAAUCAUAUAAAUUAAUUAGAUUAAUAUAGUAAAUAUUGGAAAAUUUAACUAGAUCUUUUAUCAGAUUUUGUUCUUACGGAGCCUUCACAGGAAAGAUGUGAAAAGGAAAGACAUUAUUAUUUUAUCUUUAAUAAAGUAAUAAUAACGAUGAUAGCCUUUAAAAAAAACAGAGAAGGCCCGAACUGCUUAGGACAUGAAAUUACAACGAAUUGACAGAAAUAGAACCGCGUUUGUGAAAAUUCAAGCAAACAUCUGGCUGAAAGUGGAUUAAUGGGAAUUUCUCUAAAAUUAGAAGUGUAUCUAAUAAAACAAUCUAAUGUGAAUGUUGAUUAUAGCGAUCAUAAUGAUAUUAUAUGUAUAUAUAUUAUAAUGCGUACAACACACACUCCUAUGUAGAACGUGCUGUUCCAUGAAUUCAUAGCAUAUACGCGUUAAUAGAUUUAAUUAAAAACAUUUUAUCGAGAGAAUCAAAGAGAAAAAGAGGAAAAGUGUGAAAG